UCUGUCGUUGCGCGUGCGUGCUGCGAACCUCCCGCUACGUGAUUAGCGUUUCCUGUUGCUAGGAGACGAGAGGAAACCGCAUACAGCGCAGCGGACACUCAGUUAGCGCCACCAUGCCAAAGAAAGGUGGGAAAAAAUCAGGCAAAUUAAGCCGAAUGUCUGAGGAGGAGCAGUUACUGUAUAUGCAACAAAAGAUGCUGGCCGAGGAGGAGCAGAAUAAGAAGAAAGAAGACAUGUUAAUGCAGUUUCUUAAGGACAAGCUUGCUAAAGAGGAGCACAGCAGCAAUAUUAAUUUGAACAAGCUGAAUGUACAGUGGCGUGCUGUACUGCGAGAGGUUAAGGCCAAGGAGCUGCGUGAAGAUUUAGAGGUUCUCAGUCAGACUUUUGAAAGAGUUGUGGAUUGUAAGAACAAUGUCAUCAAGUCACUAAUAAAAGAUGUAGAGGAGGCGGAGGAGCAGUACAACCAUGCCCUACGUAGUCACCUCCAGAACACUGACCAACUUCUGGAGCUGCAGAGGGAGCGCCUCGAUCUGCUGCAGGAGGAGUAUCAGCAGGAACUGGAGACUGUGCAGAGAGAAUUUGAUACAGAGAGAAAGAUGAUCAUUGCGCAGAAGCAGAAAGAAAUGUUGUAUCUACAGAAUGUGAUGCUGGCCAUGGAACAGAACACUUCUGAGAGUGAGAAUGACGCUAAACAGGAAUUCCAGAGUAUGAGAGAUGAUAUAAAAAACAAGAGCUUGGAGGAGAAACAUUCGCUGCGUGUGGUUCUGGAGGGCACCGUAGAGGAUCUCUGGAAACAGUUUCAGCAAGCCCUGAAAAACUACACAAGCUCCACAGAGGACCGCAAGAUUGCCUUUGAAGCCUUAAAAGCAAAAGAUGAGAAAAGUGCUGAAGAAAUUGCUUACCAGAUGAAAAAGCUUCAGAAGUUUCAGGAAUCGAUAGCAGCCCUGAGGAAUAAGAUUGCAGUUCAUGCUCGGGACAGUGAGAGGCAGAACCUGCAGCUGCGAGAGAAUAAGGAAGUGGUGCACAAGCAGUUCCAGAAGCUGAAAUCUCAGAUGAACCAAGCCAGAGCUGCAGAUCACAGUAACCUUACCACUCUGACUCUGCAGAGCAAUGCUGCGCUCAAAGAACUGAAGAGGGUUAUAGACAAGGGUGAGCAUAUACUACAUGUGGCGGAGAUGUGCCGCAAGCUGGAGAGUGAGGAAGAGAAAGUGCUGCCGUUCUACCCGUCCUCUCUCAGUGAUGCAGAGAGAGAGGAGGCUGAGAGAGCCAGCAUGGAGAAGCCUUCUGAGCAGUUGGCACUGUUAAUGCAGGACUAUACAGCUCUGGACCAGUUUUGGAAGCGGUACAACAAAGUUCUGCUUGAACGCUGGGCAUUGGAUCAUGAGAAAGCAGUCCUGUCCCAGGAUAACCAGAAGCUACGCAUUUUGUUGAAGCAGUACCUGGAUGGCAUCUCUGUGAGUGAUGAGGUCCUCACCCAACAGAACUCACUGCUAAUUCUCAACAACCGCAGCAACUUGCCUCAGAAAGCUCCACCACAAGUUCCUGUCACUGACAAAAGGGUGCAGCGCCCUGUCCAUAACAUAAUCGAAGCGGCUCACAUAGUAAGCCAUACCCUUUGACCGCACUAAUUCUGCAUCCGUCACUUGGUCAUGUGACCUGUGAUGGCUCUACUUGUAGGGAGAAUUUUAUUUCUUAGUACUGUAUACGUUUUACCUUAGAAAUGUCUGUGAGGCAGAUGAAGGUGACCUGCAUAGUUUCCAGAUUCUCUCUCUAGAGAAGAGUUGAGUAGUAGCAAAUAAAAUGAAACAAAGAAACCUCUCCUAUUACUAUUUAUCAUACAUUGUUAUACAUAUUUGUAUACAGAAAACCCAUAAAGUAGACGUCACCAACCAACAA